CAUGGAGUGUGUGUGUGUCUGCGCGCGGCAGUCUGCUCCAUCAGCUGAUUGAGUCACUUCACAUUUUUCUCACCUGUGCGCAGAACUCUUUUUUCGUGUCUUUGCGCACCGGAGACUUUGAGCGCGUCAGGACUUGGACUAACGCAGAUCUCCGCGUGCCUCUCUAACCCGCAUCAUCAUCUCACUCUGCAGUCUGGACCGGGUUUGAUGGAACCAUGAGCAAAGCCGCAUCCGGAGCGGUCCUCCUCCUGCACAGCCUCCUCUCCCACCUGCUCCCGCUGCUCCUCCAUGCCUCCCCGGGCUGUCUGUCCGCGCACAGCGGGCAUCCAGUGCGCUACUUCGGUCAAAUAGCAGAGAACUCCCCGGCUGGGACGCCGGUGGACGGGGUGGUGCUGCCGCUCGGCUGCCCCGGCGCGGACCUGAACGGCAGCCUGAGAGGGGACUACGCGUCGGAUUUUAAGCUCGUUCACUAUCGCGGGCACCGGGAGCACCGGGGGCAUCUGGGUCUGGUCUCCGCCAAAGCUCUGGACCGGGAGUUCAUCGCCAUGUACGAGCUGACGGUGGAGCUGCCGCCGCGGUGUUUGAGGAGACCGGCCGCCGUCCAGGUCGAAGUGUCGGACAGGAACGACAACACCCCUCGGUUCACCAGCGGGAACCGGACUGUUGAGAUAGACGAGCUGACGCCGCUCGGUACCGAGCUGGUCCGCUUUGACGCGAAGGACGGCGACGCGGAGAGGAACGGACGCGUCACCUUUUACGCAUCACCGGAGUCUGAUCUGCUCCACGUGGUUCCGCAGACCGGACAGGUGAGGCUGGUCGGGUCCCUCUUGGGUGUCAGCCAGGUGACUCUGCGCCUUCACGUGAGUGACGGCGGAGACGUGGCGCUGAUCGGUGAUCCGGUGUUUCUGCGCGUCAACGUCCGCCGCUCCCGCAGAGCUCGGCGAGGUCCCCGCGCUCUGUCCGAGGAGCUGACCUACACCGUGACCGUGCCGGACCAAAGCAGAGUCGGGGACCUGGUGUUCACGGUGCCGGACCAGAGGUUCGAGCAGCGGUGGUUCGAAGUGAUGUCCGAGACGGACCCGCCGGUUCAGAUAGAGCGGGACUCGGGGCGUCUGUACCUGGCGCGGAGCCUGCGGGAGCCCGCUGAGGUGGCGGUGAAGAUCCAGAACCUCCGAGGUGAUGAGUGGUACCUGUGCAGGCUGACUCUGAGCAUGCCCAGCCAGGCCGACCUGCAGUGGGCCAUGUUUCCCGCGCCUUACCUGGGCGCCGUCGGUCCUGACGCCGCGCCCGGCUCUGUGGUGUACCGACUUUUGGCACGGCAACGGGAUGGGACACUCGGACAGGCCCAGUACCUCCUGCUGGACGGUGGGGACGAGUGCUUCGAGGUGGACCGUCGCUCCGGUGACAUCAGGACCACGGGACGACCUCUGACCCCCAGUAGGGAGUACCAGCUGUCUGUGCAGGCGGUGGACGGGCGUGGUCGUAAAGGGAGACCGGCUACGGUGGCCAUCCUGGCCGGCUACAGGCCGCCGCAGUUCACCAACUCCACCUACAGCCUGAACGUACCUGAGAACACACCUGUGGGCCAGCCUGUCUCCGUGGUUCAGGCCGUCUCCUUCCAGAAGAAGACUCUGUCCUACAUGCUGCUGCUCAAUCCUGGAAAUCUGUUCAGCAUCAACCAGGAGAGCGGAGCGCUCAGCCUGACCCGGACCGUCGACUACGAGAGCGGACACAACCUCCACACGCUGCAGGUCCGAACCUCCGAACCCGACACCGGCCUGAGCAGCGUGGCAGAGGUGGUCGUCCACGUCACGGAUGAGAACGACUGCUCUCCUGAGUUCCUUCACUCCAUCUACAGCAGAGACAACGUACCUGAAAGCAUCGCGCCUGGAACCUCCCUGCUGCAAGUCCUGGCUCGUGACUGUGACUCCUCGGUGAACUCGGAGCUCUCGUACUUCGUUCACGGCGCAGACUUUGACAUCACAUCAGGGGGCGUGGUCAGCCCCGCCCGUCGCCUUGACUACGAGCGACCAAAUCACGUCUAUGAGUUCGUGGUGGUCGCCGUGGACGCAGGGAUGCCACCCCGAACAGGCACCGCCUCCGUCCGCAUCCGAGUAGCCAAUAGCAACGACGAGGCACCGGUCUUCUCCCAGAGCGCGUACAAGACGUUCCUCAGUGAGGACGCCGGCCCCGACACGUUGGUCGCCAUCGUUCACGCCAACGACCCGGACGGAGACGCCGUCUCUUACGCCAUCACCGGCGGAAACGAGGACAGCAACUUCCUGUUGGACAACCAGAAAGGCAUCAUCAAGCUGAGGCGGAGUCCUCCUCCCAGGCUUAAAGGACCCCAGUAUGUUCUCAACAUCACCGCCACCGACGACAACGCGUCCGGUGGACCGUACCCGCUCAGCAGCUCCGCCCAGGUCAUCGUGGGCAUCAACGACAUCAACAACAACAAGCCUGUGUUCCAGGAGUGUCAGAACUACAGUCUGAACGCCGUUGUUCUGGAGAACCAGCCGCCGGGGACGUUUGUCCUGUGUGUCCAGGCCCGUGACGCUGACAUGGGGGUCAACGGCGAGGUCAGAUACGGCAUCAUGCACAGAGACGGAGUGUCAUCUGGGUUCGACAUCGAUCCUGACACCGGUGUGAUCACCACGACGGCGAGGUUCGACCGGGAGCGGCAGAGGGAGUUCACGCUGUCGGUGACGGCCACAGAUCAGGCCGAGGAGCCGCUGAUCGGGAUCUGUCCGAUCACCGUGCUGAUCGCAGACCAGAACGACAACGACCCCAAGUUUGAAAACAGCCGAUACCAGUACUUCCUGCGGGAGGACACUCCGGUUGGAACUAGUUUCCUGCGAGCGGCGGCACAUGAUGACGACCAGGGGAGCAACGCAGCCAUCACCUACUCCCUGUCCAAUCAGAAGCCGGCUUACCUGCACAUCAACCCCAGUACGGGCUGGAUUUACGUCAACCACCCCAUCUCACAGACGUCCAGGAUCAACCAGCAGAUCGUGGCGUCCGAUGGGGGGAACCGCAGCAGCUCCGUGGAGCUGACCGUUAUCAUCACAAACGUCCACAACCAGCCGCCGCUCUGGGAGCAGCCUGAGUACUGGGUGACCGUGCCGGAGAACACAGUACGGGACGCCAAGAUCGUCACCAUCAAGGCGACGUCUCCACUCGGCGAUCCCCGGGUCACCUACAACCUGGAGGAGGGUCAGGUGCCAGAGACCAACAUGCCGGUGCGGUUCUACGUCAAGCCGAACCGGGCGGACAGCUCUGCGUCCAUCCUGGUGGCCGAGAACCUCGACUACGAGACGACGCGCUUCUUCGCGCUACGAGUGCGAGUCCAGAACGUCGCCGCCGUGCCACUCGCAUCGUUUACCACCGUCUACGUCAACGUGACGGACGUGAACGACAAUGUUCCUUUCUUCCUGUCGUCCACCUACGAGGCCACGGUGCCUGAAGGAGCAGAGAUCGGCACGUCGGUGGCUCAGGUGUCGGCCACAGACCUGGACUCUGGACUGCAUGGGAUGAUCCACUAUGUGAUCCUGAAGGACGAGAGUGGAGAUUCUCAGUUCUUCAACAUUGACUCGCGCAGCGGCGUCAUCGUCACUCGAGCUUCCUUCGACCGCGAGCAGAAAGCCUCGUACCUGAUCGAGGUCCAGUCGCAGGACGGCUCCGAGUCGGCCAGACCAGGCCAGCAGGGACAACCCAACACCGACACGGCCUACGUCAGGAUCUUCAUCACAGACGUCAACGACAACGCCCCGGCGUUCGCCCGGCCGGUCUACGAGGUGAGCGUGGAGGAAGACGAGGAGGUCGGCUUCGUCCUCAUCACUGUCACCGCCAACGACGAAGACGAAGGUGCCAACGCCAAGCUUCGCUACCAGAUCACCUCAGGAAACACCAUGGGCACCUUCGACGUGGAGCCCGAGGUGGGCACCAUCUUUGUGGCUCAGCCGCUGGACUACGAGAUGGAGCAGCGCUACGAGCUCCGGCUGGUCGCCUCCGACGGGAAGUGGGAGAACGAGACGCUGGUGGUGGUCCAGGUGGUCAAUCGCAACGACGAGGCGCCCGUUUUCAGCCAGACCGAGUACCACGCCGUCGUGACCGAGGAGCUUACCCAGCUGCCUGUUUUCAUCCUCGAGGUGUCAGCCACAGAUCCAGACCAGGAGGCUGACCAGACCGCCCUCCGUUACUCCCUCCACGGCCAAGGCGCUGGUGGCGAGUUUACGAUUGAUGAACAAACUGGAAGAAUCUACGCCCAAAGGCGCUUGGAUCGCGAGGAACGCCCGGCAUGGAGGUUUCUUGUCCUCGCCACAGACGAGGGAGGGGCAGGACUCACAGGGUUUGCUGAUGUGCUCUUAGAGGUCCGAGAUGUCAACGACAACGCGCCCUUCUUCCCGUGCCCAGCGCUGGAAGUAGACGGAUGUUUUGUUGGCCAAGUGCCUGAAAAUUCACCCGCCGACACCUCCGUCAUGGAGAUGCGUGCCAUGGACCUGGACGACCCCAAUGAGGGCAAGAACGCAAUGCUGACCUACAACAUCAUCAAGAACGUCCGCAACGAGAUCAACCUCAACCUGUUCUCCAUCAACGCCAGCACCGGGACCAUCUACACAGUCCUACGCUCCCUAGACCGGGAGGCGGAGGAGCGGUAUCUGGUGGUGGUGGAGGCCAGGGACGGAGGGGGUUUGGCAGGAACAGGAACCGCCACCAUCAUGGUUUCAGACGUCAACGAUCACCCACCCGUCUUCACUCAGAGGCUCUACACUACUCAGGUGACAGAGGACCUGGAGGUGAACAGUGAAGUUCUUGUAGUUUCUGCCACAGACGGAGAUGAAGGUGAGAAUGCCGUGGUAACCUUCAGCAUCGUCGGCGGCGACGAGGACAGGAAGUUCUUCGUGGAGACGGACAAAGUGAACCGACGAGGCGUUAUAAAACUGAAGAAGAAGGUUGACUUCGAGAAGCCCCAUGAGAGGACGUUCAACCUGACCCUGAAGGCUGAAGAUGCUGAUUUCUUCAGCCUGGCCUACUGUCUCGUUCAGGUGGAAGACUCCAACGACCAUGCCCCAGUAUUUUUCCCACAAUUCUAUGAGUCCCCAGCCAUGUCUGAAGACGUACCCGUGGGGACGAUUGUCGCUCAGGUUACGGCGUCUGAUCUAGACUCGGGCCAAAAUGGACGCUUUUCUUACAGCAUCUCGAAGGAGUCCGACCCCUACGGUCAGUUCCUGGUGGAUCAGUCCGGUUGGGUGGUGGUGGCGGACUCUCUGGACAGGGAGAAAAUCUCGCAGCAUAGGAUCAUGGUCCUCGCCACGGAUGCUGGGACUCCACCCCUGACCGGUACUGCCAUCGUCAUGGUAACCAUACUUGACAUCAAUGACAACGGACCAGAGUUCGACGUCGCCUACAAGCCCGUCGUCUGGGAGAACACUGCGGCGCCCCAACCCGUUCGAAUGAACGAGACCUCCCUCCUCCUCCACGCCACCGACCGCGACACCUCCACCAACGGCGGGCCAUUCUCCAUACGGCUUCUCAUGCUCACCUCGGAUGCCACCAACUUCAACCUGACCGACUUUAGAAACGGCAGCGCAUCCGUCACCGCCCUCCGCACCUUCGACCGCGAGCGCCAGAAGGAGUACCACCUCCCGAUUCUCAUGAUUGACAGCGGAUCUCCUCCGAUGAGCUCCACCAGCACGCUGACGGUGAUCAUUGGAGACAGGAACGACCACCCUCACUCGCCGGGACACACCGACUUCAUCGUCUACAGUUAUGAAGGUAUUCUCCCGACGACGGCGCUCGGACGAGUUCAAUCCCCCGACCUUGAUGACUGGAGCGAGAAGGUGUACCGCUUCGAAGGCAAACCAUCCAGGUUCUUCAGUCUGAACCAGAGCUCGGGUCAGCUCAGUAUCAGGGACGGGACUCCUCCGGGCUCGUACCGGCUGCAGGUACGAGUGUCGGACCACACCUGGCCCGACGUCACCUCCACGGCUCAGGUGGACGUCAGGGAGCUGCCGCAGGACGCUCUGCAGAACGCCGCCUCUGUACGCCUGAGCAAUCUGACGGUGGAGGAGUUCUUUAGUGGAGAGGAGAGUCGAUUCUCCCGUCUGGGUCGAGCGCUGGCUGAACUCCUGCACACUGAACCGGAGAACGUUCAGAUCUUCUCUGUGAGCGCCGCCGCCAGCCAGCGGGGGGACAAGGCGCUCGACGUGUGGUUCGCCGCUCACGGCUCGCCGUACUACAAGACGGAGAAGCUUCACGGCUACGUGGCAGCAAACAAAGCCGAGCUGGAGGCCAUGCUGGGCGUGUCCGUCUCUCAGGUGGGCAUUGAUGAAUGUCCCUCCACCGACUGCAGUCAGACUGGAGGCUGCAGCAGCGACGCUUCAUUCAGCCAGGCGCCGGUGGCUCUCAGCACCGGUAACACAUCUCUGGUGUCGCUGUUCGCCUCAACAACGGCGCGAUGUGGCUGCCGUGGCCGAGAGGCGAUCCACCUGCCCUGCUCCGCCUACCCCACUAACCCCUGCCUCAACGGGGGCACCUGCCAGGACGGACCGCUGGGAUACAGGUGUAAGUGUCCUCCCAUGUUCGACGGGCCUGAGUGCCAGCAGACCAAACACAGCUUUGGUGGCCAGGGCUACGCCUGGUUCCCUCCCAUCAUGCCUUGCUUCCAGAGCCACAUCUCCUUGGAGUUCCUCGCUGAGUCGGCAAACGGGCUGCUCCUCUACAACGGGCCGCUCGGCCACGCCCACUCGGGGGAGCGGGAGGACUUCAUCGCCGUCGAGUUGAGGAACGGCGUUCCGGCUCUGAGUGUUAACCAUGGAUCGGGAACGCUGACCCUGCAGCUGCCGCCGAAAUCCACCGCCACCGACCGACGCUGGCAUCGCCUCGACAUCAUCAGUGACGGAAAGGCUGUGCAGCUCGUCCUGGAUCAGUGUGCGGGGACGGCGGUCAACGAGAGGGAGGGUGUCGGAGGAGACGUCCAGGAGACGGACGAGUCCAGCUGCAGAGCCGCAGGAGAGACACCGGGAAACCAAAGGUAUCUGAACGUCUUCCAGCCUCUUCAGUUGGGAGGAGUGAAGGAAACGUCUCCUCAUCGGCGUUACCGUAGUUUCACCGGCUGCAUCCGAAACCUGCAGGUGGACAGUCAGGUGUACGACCUGGCGUCUCCAGGUGAGAGCGUGGACAGCAGCCCCGGCUGCAGGCUGACAGACGGGGUGUGCGUGACGGCGGCCGGGCCGUCCUGCGGCGCUCAGGCCUCCUGCCUCGCCGACUGGGGCUCCUUCAGCUGCGAGUGCCACGCCGGAUACACCGGACACAAGUGUGACAGGGCCGUCCCCGAGUUCUCCUUCGACUCGGGCAGCGUCGUUCGGUAUCAGCUGAGAGGAGGCGGCAGCUCUCGGCGUACGGACAUCCAGCUGCUCCUCCGGACCAGAGCCACGUCGGGCUCCCUGCUGUCCGUGACGUCGCGGGAGGCCAACGAGUACAUCGUCCUGGAGGUGAUGGAGGGUCACCUGUCGGUCCGUGUCAACCUUGGAGACGGCGCCCACGCCCUGCGGCUCCCCGGCCAGCGGGUGGACAUCGGGCAGUGGGUGCUGGUCAGCCUAAGUCGCCAUGACAACCUGUUUACUCUACAGCUGGAGCAGGGCGGCGGUUCACGGGAGGUCCAGGCCCGGCUGGGGAGCCGCAGGGAGAUGGUGGUUCACCCAGCCGGCGUGAUGGUCGGCAACGGCCCGACGCCGGGAGACAAGGCGGACUUUCAGGGUUGUCUGCGGGACGUUCGUUUCAACGGUCAGGUCCUGCCUCUGGACGGGCAGAGCCGGGACUUGGUGACGGUCCUGGAGAGACGUGGCGUCACCUUCGGCUGCUCCAGCAACGCCUGCAGCAGCCAGCCGUGCCGCAGCCCGCUGCGCUGCAUCGACCUGUGGAGGAAGCACCAGUGCAGGUGUCCCGGCGGUCAGGUGACGGUGACGGAUGACUCGGGUCAGCUGCGUUGUGUGCCGUCGCCCUGCGGAGCCACUUCCUGCCGUAACAGUGGAAUCUGCCAGGCGCUGUCGCCCGACAGUUACCGGUGCCGGUGUCAGGACGGGUUCAGGGGUCAGCGCUGUGAGCUGGGCCAGGUCAAAGGUCACCGGCUGGCCGCCCUCAGCCCGAGCUCCAUCCUCGCCAUCAGCAUGUGUCUGCUCGUCUUCUUCGCGGUGCUGGUGGCGGUGACGGUGUGGAACCAGAAAGGAAGUCGUAACAAGUUCAGGAAGCGCGGAGUUUACCACAUCCCCGCCGAACACGAGAGCUGGGAGGACAUCCGAGAAAACAUCCUGAACUACAACGAGGAGGGAGGGGGGGAGCAGGACCAGAACGGAUACGACAUCACGGAGCUGAAGCGUCCUCUCUGCUCGAGUCUGUCUCAGUCGUCGUCCUGCACCACCGCCCCGCUCAUCAAGUCCUCGCCCGGCUCCCAGGAGGAGGUCCACCCGUCCGGCUCCUCCUGCAGCUCCAGCGCUCCCUACCUCAGCAUCCCGCAUCACCAUCACCACCAUCACCAGCACGCCAACUACGCCAGCGACGCAACCUACGCCAACUACACCGCCCACGAGAUGAGCGAUGGAGGAGGAGCAGGAGCAGGAGGAGGAGGUUACGCCCCGUCGGGCUCGCGCUCCCACGUGGACUUUAAAAGCUACGUGUCGCGGAUCAUCUGGGAGGCAGACAAUGACUGCGAGGCGUUCCCGCCGGACGCGUACCACGUGUGGUGCGUGGAAGGCUCGGGGUCGUCGGCAGGAAGCCUCAGCUCGCUGGAGUCAGCUGCGUCACGUAGAAACAUUCCCCGCUGCGAUGAGCAGGAGGAGCAGGAGCAGGAGGAGCAGCAGGAGGAGGAGCAGGAGGAGCAGGAUGGAGGAGGGUUUGUUCAUGACCGGCUGUCGCGGUGGGGGCCGAAGUUUCAGGCUCUGAGCGAGAUGUACGACCGACCCCAGCUGGGCCUCACGUACCGGGACGCCGUGGCGUACAUCCAGAGGAGCCACGACGUCCUGCCCCAUCACCACGCAACUCCACCCUGAACAACCAACCGGGCGGAGGAGUCCUGUGCUGCGUUCACGUCCAUCGGAAACAAACCAAACACAAUUUAUCAACUUCAAAAUAAAUCCUGAAGAUCGUCAGAAUAAAGUUCAGUGAGACACAACGAUUAAACUUUAUUUAAACUGAAAACACCUGCGCAGGUGCAACAACGGGCCAGAUCUGAUUCUGAUUGGCUGACGAGGAGGCGACUGAACGUUCAAAAUACGUUUGCUGAAAGUUCGUGUCCGUCAGUCGCUGCCUCUUUUUUUAACGAUAACUACAAACUAAUAAUUAUUUUUACUUAAAUUAAUCUGCCAAUAAUUCAUCUUAAAGUCACAGACCAGGCUACGGAAGCCCAAAGCGGUCAUGCAUCAUACGUGUUAUCCUGAGAUCAGCCGACACGGAUAACAACAUUUUAUUUUCUUCAUAACGACGUGAUUAAUUAGAGAUCUUGAAAACAGAAGGAGAGUUUAACUGACGACGUUAAAAUACAUUUCACAAAGUUUAAUUCAUCAAAUCAAGGUGACGAACGAAACAAAAUCUAUCUCAGGAAAGACAGAACGACAUUUCAGCAAAAUCUAAAUCACAGAAUUAUGAUUUUAAAUAAAUUUAUUUCAUUUAACUGCAGUGAUUUAAUUAAAAUGUUGUUUUCUUGAGUUCAUAUUAAUUACGUCGUUAUCUCAGGAAAACAAAGUUUUAUCGAUCUCCAAAAAACAAAUGAACAACAAAAAACAGGAAACAGAAUCAGAGCACAGAGCCUCCGUACUGUCGAUGAACGGACGAAUCAUCACGAAGACGCUUUGUGACGUGGCGUGACGCAGCAGCUCCGUCAGGUCGAGACUCUUUCAGGGCCGAAGGUUUCAUCGCAUGAUGAGUUUAAUUUAACACAAAGCUCACAGAGAACUGACGAGUCUGACGAGUUCGUCUGUAAUGAAACUUUUUAACGUUUUUCUCCUGAAACGUCCCAAAGACAGAAACUCAACAACCAGCUUUUAAUUUGUAGUUUCUACUUCCUGUUGCACUAGUGGACGAUUCAGAGUCCGACUGAAGAGUCAGCGUGUCACGUAAAGAUCAGAUUAUUUUUAUAACGUUUCCUCAUGUUGAGUCAGAGGCGAAGGUGGAGGCGAAGGUGGAGGUGAAGGUGGAGGUGUGUGGAGGUGAAGGUGGAGGCGAAGGUGGAGGUGUGUGGAGGUUUAUUAAUGACCAAGCUGUUGGAUCAUCUGCAGUCCGAGUCCUGACUCUAUCAAAGCUUCUACGUUUACGACUCUUCUGCGGACACGUAAAGACUUUUACUCAGUUUGGAACCUUCCCGAGCAAAGAAGCUGAUUUGAACGCAGCCCAAACGUUGGAAGAACUUUUGAAGAACGUUGUGUGUCUGCUUCAGUCUGUGGAGGAUUUCGACGUCUCUGUCCGACGUCUUGUAAUUCGUUAAUAAACCUCCGUGAGUUCAGUUUGUGUUUGGACGUCGCGUGUCGUCGUCACGCCUGAUGAAUGUAGUUUCAUACGUCGAGAGUACAAUCAGUUUAUUAAAGAGGAGCGCGAGGCAAUCGUCACAUUUUAAAACGUUUGAACGUUUGAACGUUUGCAGCUGAAGCACAGGAAGUUCAUUUUCCAGGUUUUCCAGGAUUCCUGGAACAGUUUUUUUUCCCUCUUCCUCAUGAUUUGUACUCGAAGCUAUGCAUCCAAAUGAAACGUCCACGUGUUGAUGUGACCUUUGACCUGUGGUGUGUAAACCCAGUGUGUGUGUGUGUGUGUGUGUGUGUGUGUGUCGAGUACACACGUUGUGUAGCACUGAUGAUGAUGAUGAUGAUGAUGAUGAUGAUGUACAUAUGGACGUUUUCUAGCCGGCCAACAUGAAAUAUUCCUUUUGUAUAUGACUUUUAAUAAAAACGACUUUU